AUGGAGACCACAUUGUCUGCACAUGAAAUCGGCAAAGGCCUCCCCAUCUUAAUCAUCCACGGAUGGGAAAUGCAGGGAAAAUCCGAAGAGCCGGACUUCGAGCCGAUCUUCAACACAAUACCAGGACUUCGUCGAAUUUACGUCGACCUUCCAGGCAUGGGCACCACACCUGCAAAUAAAGUCAAAGAUCUGGACGAGAUAUACGCCCGUCUAACACAAUUCAUCGACUCGCGACUUGGAAGCUCGAAUUUCCUACUCAUCGGCUCAUCGUGCGGUGCUUAUAUCGCGCGCGCGAUAGCCCAAAAGUACAUCAACCAAGUCGAUGGGUUACUAUUGCGCGUGCCACUCAUCGAGCCAAAGGACAGCAUGCGCGACCUCGAUGCUUUCACAACAUUGGUUGAAAAUAGGGAGCUCAUGUCGACCAUCUCAGCUGAAGAUAAAGCUUUACUUGGAAACGUUCUCAUCCAAACGCCACCUUACAUUCAAGCUUUAAAAGCGAAAUAUAAGGAUGUUCUCAGUCCAGCAUGGAAUGCAGCGGAUAGUGAGGCGUUGCGUCCAAUCCGAGAAGAUCCAAAUCGAUACCAGUUAUCUUCUGCGGUGCUCGAUGAAAGUGCUAAAUUCCUUGCACCUACGCUCAUUGUGUGCGGCCGGCAAGACCGGACUGUUGGCUACCGGGAUAGCCUUCGGUUGCUGGAGCUUUAUCCACGAUCAACUUAUAUUGUUCUUGAUCGUGGUACGCAUGGUCUUCCUAUUGAUGACUCGAGAGAGGUGUUUUCGGGGCCCUUGUUCGUGACUGGGUACAUCGGGUUGGUGAAUGGCGGAAUCGUCUUGAUGUGUAAAGGCUAG